GCCAAAAAUUAGAUCUGUCGGCGACAACCUCACGAACCCGGCGGUUUUCUUCAGAGACCAAGGUCUCAGUGCUCACUUCUCAGUCCUCACUCAUCAGUCAUCAGUCAUCACCCUCACUCUCCCAGCUCCAGCGCUCAUCCCGCUAUGGUUCGCCGCCGCCGCCCUUGACUGAAACCCUAGCGCCUCCCCCGCUGCAGCUCUCCUGGCCGGGUGGUGCUUCCUCUUCCCCGACCGCACCUCACUGCCGAAGCGCCGACGGCGACCCCUCGAGCGGCGCGGCCCCAAUCGAGCGGCGUCUUAGUCCUAUGGGCAUAACCCGCAGGACGAAGCAGGCUCUGAUUUGCCACGAAGUCAUCUUGAGGAAAAGGGGCCGGCAAGCUUCGCCUGUUGCCGGCCCGUGCUCCCACGGCGCCGCCGUCGCGCAGGGCGCGGAUUCGGCGGAGGUGAUGGGGCGCCGCUCGAGCAUCGCGCCGUGCGUCGCCUGCGUGCUCUGCGGCGGCCUACUCCGCGACGCAGCCGUCAUCCCCGAGUGCCUCCAUUCCUUUUGCAGGGAAUGCAUAGUUGAGAAAUUCACAGAUAAGAAUAUCAACCGCUGUCCUAAGUGCGACACUGAUUUGGGCUGUAAUCCACUGGAGAAACUCAGAAAUGAACUCACUGACGAGGUGGACCCAUGGAUAGUAGCCGUUGAGAGGAGCAAGACAAGGAUGGCCACUGAUGAGGAAUGGAGCACCGAAGGAUGGACGGCCGCAAUGACGAGGGAGGAGGUGGGCCGAGAGGAGGUGGCCGAGCGGGCCAAUGCCGCCACCGCGGCGAGGGAGGAGGCGGACGAGGCGCGGGCGCUGGAAGUGGUCUCGGCGCGGGCGCUGGAAGGGGUCUCGGCGCUGACGGCCCAGGUCGAGGCCGAGCGCGCCCGUGCGCAGAGCCUGGAGGACCAGGUUGUCCGCCUGCGCCGUGAGCUGGAGGCCGCGCGUGCCUCCGAGGCCGACGCUAGGCGGCAGGUCGCGGACCAGAAGCGGGAGGCGGAGACGACGGCCGAGAUGACGCGCAGUGCCGUCGACAGCGCGGGCCAUCAGCUGGAGGAGUACGGACUGCGGCCCACGGAGGAGGAGCGCACUGUCGCCGCGGAGACCGCCGAGUACGUGCUGGCCUGCUGCCUGAGCCGCGACCCCUCCUUCGGCCUGGAGAUAGUGCUGGAGGGUGUGGCGGCCGACGAGGUGGACAAGCUGCGGGGUCGCGCACGGGAGACGGCGUUGAGGCUGGCCCAGAUUAUGGUCCGAAACGACUCUCCACCACAAGCUGGCGACGACUCGGACGGCGACGGCGUGGAUGCCUGAUGGUGAUGGACGACGACGGGCUGCCAUGUUUUUCCACACGAAGCUGCUGUAAUUUGGAUGCUGUAAAUGUAAUUAAGCUGACUUUGCAUUAUACUCCCCAUCAGCCGUCCACCGCCAAGCAAUGUGGUCAGGUUCAUGUUCAUCUGUGAGAUUUAUUUUGCUGAACCAAGAACCCAAAGCUGAACAAACCAUGAGUCCCAACUCCGAUUUUCUA